UUAAAGCCAGCAGAUUCAUUCAUAGGGCUCUCUCACUCUUUCUGAUUUAUAUUUGAAAAAAAAAAAUCUUUAUGAAUUCUCUUCUGUCACCAUCUCUUCCCACCUGUAAUUCCCUAAUUCCUCUCUCUCUCUCUCUCUCUCUCUCAAAUUUGAGCUCUCCAGUUGAAGAAAACCCAAUCUCAUAAACAGGGCAUGUAUGUUUGCCGAGAAAAUUUUCCGGGUUUCUUCAUGUUCAUGUCUGAAACCGAGCAUAAAGCUUGAGCCUUUGUGAGCCCUUCUCCGUUUUUUUCCCUCCCAUGAAAUUUUCUCGGGAAAAUAUGAAGUGGGUUUUCCCGGAAAUCAAAGCAACCCAGAAUUUCAUCUCUCCUUCACCACCACUGAUGAUACCGCCUCCUCCACCGAUUCGGCCCGACACUAGCUUUGAUCUGAACAGUAAGAUCAGCCCCAGUAUUCUCCUGAUAAUCAUCAUCUUGUCAAUCAUCUUCUUCAUCUCUGGUCUGCUACAUCUUCUGGUUAGAUUCCUUCUAUCACCAUCGAACAGAGACAGAGACGAUUAUUUCGACAAUGUCACAGCACUUCAAGGCCAGUUACAGCAGCUCUUUCACCUGCAUGACUCUGGUGUUGACCAAUCCUUCAUCGACACUUUACCUGUGUUUCAUUACAAAUCCAUCAUCGGCCUGAAGAAUCACCCAUUCGAUUGUGCUGUUUGUCUCUCUGAGUUCGAGUCAGAGGACAAGCUCAGGCUUCUGCCCAAAUGCAGCCACGCUUUUCACAUGGACUGUAUAGACACUUGGCUUCUGUCUCACUCGACUUGUCCCUUGUGCAGAUCCAGUCUGCUCUCUGAUUUCUCAUCGCAGUAUGCCCCCUGUUCUUCAUAUCUUCUUGUUCUUGAGUCUGGUAGUGAUCAUAGCUCAAGAGAGAUUGCCAUGGACAGAGACAAUGCAUCCUGCGCUGCUGGUAAUGAAGACACUGCUGGAAGAAACAAUUCAUGUCUUGCACCAGAUUCUCACUCGCAGUCCAAUCCCCAUCUGGGAUUUGAUGGAAGCCUCGAUCUUGGAUCGACCCAUCUCGAUUCGGGUCACAAAUCUGGCGGGAUUCCUCUAAAAUCCGUUGCCACUCAAGUCUCAGAUGGUGAAAUGACCAACUCAGGUGAAAAGGUUGUUCCUUUUGCAGUUAAGCUAGGGAAGUUUAGGAACGUAGAUGACGUGGGUGAAGGUAGUAAUGAUAAGAACAUUAGUGAUAGCAGUAACGUAGAUGAAAGGAGGUGUUUUUCAAUGGGAUCAUAUGAAUACAUAAUGGAUGAAGAAUCUGCACUUAAAGUUAAUGUCUCGGCCAAGAAACUGUCCAGAAAGGAACCUCGGUUGCCCGGUCACAGGACUGCAAUGUCUGAAUGUGGUUGUGAUGGAAAAGGAGUAUUCAGAUUCAGUAGAACCGAAUCAAUGAGAAUCACUGAAGAAAAAGAGGCAAACGGGAAGGGGAAAGGUAUCGAGAAGAAUGUCGUGAAAAGAGAGAGCUUCUCGGUGUCGAAAGUAUGGUUAAGGGGCAAGAAAGAGAAGCAGAAGGCUCCAAGAGAGGAUUGUUCUUUGGCAUCUUCAUCAAGAAGAGCAUUUUCAUUCAGAUUUCCGGUCCAACGAUCAAUACCCGACGGUAAGAACGAGGCCGGUAGCGACGAGGAGAAUCAGAAGAGCGAGAAUUCGGAAUCUUUGGAGACAAAAACACCAUCUUUUGCAAGAAGGACCAUGCUUUGGCUUGCAGGGAGACAAAACAAGGUUGUUCAUUCUUCUCCUGCAUCUCAUGUCUAGUUCCUUUGUAGAAUUUUUUUUAAAAAAAUUAUAUAAUAUUUCGGACAUUGGUUUCUUUUGUUUUGUCUUCUUAAGAGCAAUAGCAGAUUGAAUGAAUCAUUGUAGAAAUCA